UCCGGGCAUUUUUCCCUUUGGCAGUUCCCAGUUCCCCACUUGCGGCCUUGGGCAUAACUCAAAUAGUGCAGGCCCAGAAAUAUGCACAGCCUCGUUAAGCGGAUCCCAACUCAUCUAACACUAUUAAGUGCUUCUUGGACGUUUCUUGGCGUAUUUCCACUCCCCCAGACCCAGACUCCGAUCUAAACAAUCUUUUUGCCUUCCAACGAUGGGCAUUUCAUUCAUGGCAAUAGACUAAAUACCUACCUUUCCGACCACCUCGUUGGAUUCUAGAUCAUAUGCCAGUACCGCGAGACAGGCUGCCUAACUCAGCCUCCUCUGAGCUCAGCUUCCUCUCGCAACCCCAAGGCGCUUGAGGCCUUGUUAUAUCGAGCCACCUGCGACAAACAUGACGACUCCUGAUGAGCCACCCCCGACCGCGGGCGAUCAACCUCGCCGCCAGCGCGCCCCCACGAUUACAAUCGAUACAUCCGCCGUCAGUACUCCUCCUGCCGCGGACGACGAAGCCUCGCAGCAGCCAAUGGCUCUUCGACCUCAGAUGGUCUCACGAUCAGGGUCCGAGGCAUCGAGCACGAGCAACGUCGACGCUGGAAACGCGUCGGCCCCGCGAAUUAGCUCAACCAGCAAUAGGAGUCAAGGCUCGACACCGGAAUUCAGGAGCCAUCCUUCCUUUGAGGGCAGCGAGAGGCCUACGUCGCCGCACAAUGUUUCAUCACCUACUUCGAAGAGUAACGACAAGCCGGGCGCCUUCCUUUCGGUGCCGGGCCGAGAGCGUCAGGGUUCCAUAGAUUCGGAUGAGGCCUCUUAUGGAGGCGAGACAUACGUUCAGAAUGGAGGUAGCUCCAGUGAUAGGGAUAGGGAGCACAUGAACAACGACCACAUCACCAAGGAUACGGAUGCCUUGACCCCCGACCCGGGAACGGAGGAGGAUUUCAAGCGCGAGGAUAAUAAGUUCGCCUACACGCCAGGUCAAUUGAACAAACUUAUAAACCCAAAGAGCUUAGCUGCAUUCCAUGCCCUGGGAGGACUCGAUGGGCUUGAGAAGGGACUACGGACAAACCGCGACAGUGGAUUAAGUGUCGAGGAGACAUUCCUGGAGGGAACGGUGACUGUGGACAAUGUUCAAACCCCGGCACUUGAUGGACUCAAGAAGGCCUCGAGGACGGGAACGAGCGGAUCGCACCACGCGAAGAAAGGCCACGAAUUAUUCUCGGACCGCAAGAGGGUGUUCCAGGAUAAUCGCUUGCCAGAGAAGAAGGGCAAAUCUAUUUUCGAAAUCAUGUGGAUUACUUACAACGACAAGGUCCUCAUCUUGCUAUCUAUUGCCGCACUUGUUUCCCUAGCGGUUGGUCUGUACCAGUCGUUUGGACAGAAGCACGACACUGACGAGCCACGUAUUGAGUGGCUUGAGGGUGUAGCUAUUAUCGUCGCCAUUGUUAUCGUCGUUGUGGUAGGAUCCGUCAACGAUUACCAGAAGGAACGCCAAUUCGUCAAGUUGAACAAGAAGAAGCAAGAUCGCGAUGUUAAGGUUAUUCGAUCUGGAAAAUCUAGGGAAAUCUCUGUCUUCGAUAUCCUCGUUGGAGAUGUCGUGCUACUCGAGCCAGGAGACAUGGUGCCCGUUGAUGGAAUUUUCAUCGAGGGUCACAACGUUAAAUGCGACGAGAGUUCUGCUACGGGUGAAUCUGAUAUCAUCAAGAAGAGACCGGCAAACGAAGUCUACGAAGCUAUCAAGAGCGGCCAAGACACCAAGAAGCUCGAUCCAUUCAUUCUUUCCGGAGCCCACGUCACCGAGGGUGUUGGAAGAUUCAUGGUUACCUCUACCGGCGUUAACUCCAGUUACGGCAAGAUUAUGAUGUCUCUCAGAGAAGAUCCAGAAGUCACACCUCUUCAGUCCAAGCUCAACGUUCUUGCCGAGUACAUUGCGAAACUCGGUGGAGCUGCUGGUCUCUUGCUCUUUGUCGUCUUGUUCAUUAAAUUCCUGGCUCAACUCCCUCACAACGAGGGAACCGCUUCCGAAAAGGGCCAACAGUUCUUGAGCAUUUUCAUCGUCACCGUCACCAUUAUCGUCGUUGCUGUCCCUGAAGGUCUGCCUUUGGCUGUAACACUCGCUCUUGCAUUUGCUACGACUAGAAUGUUGAAGGAUAAUAACUUGGUUCGUCACUUGAAGGCUUGCGAAGUCAUGGGUAACGCUACUGCUAUUUGCUCCGACAAAACUGGUACUCUUACACAGAAUAAAAUGCAGGUCGUAGCCGGCACUAUUGGAACUAGCUCUCGAUUCGGUGGUACCACCGAGCCCAACGACGACGACGACAAUUCGAGCAGAGAGAGACCCCCACCUGUGGUCCUAGACAACAUUUCGGCAAAGGAAGUUGCGGCCACUCUUAGCAGCGACGUCCAGGGCUUACUCCGUGAAUCUAUUGCUAUCAACUCAACUGCAUUCGAAGGCUUGGUAGACGGCGAGCAGACAUUCAUUGGAUCCAAGACGGAGACUGCUCUACUGAUAUUCGCCAAGGAGCAACUCGGUCUCGGCCCCGUCAGUGAGGAACGAUCAAACGCCACUACUCACCAGUUUGUCCCCUUCGAUUCUGGCCGCAAGUGCAUGGGUGUCGUGAUCUCUACUGGACAUGGAAAAGCCCGUCUGCUCGUCAAGGGUGCUUCUGAAAUUCUGCUUGAUAAGUGCUCGCGCGUUAUCCGCGACCCCACUCAGGGUGUUGAGGAUGCGGAGAUGACUACUGAGAACCGGAAGACACUUAGCAAUCUCAUUACCAGCUACGCCGAACGAUCUCUACGCACUAUUGGUCUCAUCUACAGAGACUUUGAGCAAUGGCCACCGAAGGAUGCCCGCCGCGCCGAGGGUGAUAACGACGAGGUCGUGUUCGAGGAUAUCUUCAAGGACAUGACUCUUCUGUCUAUUGUCGGUAUUCAGGAUCCUCUCCGUGAAGGUGUCCGUGAGGCUGUCGAAGUCUGCCAAAAGGCCGGCGUCGUUGUUCGCAUGGUUACCGGUGACAACUUGACCACGGCCAAAGCCAUUGCUGUUGAUUGCGGAAUUUUCACCCCUGGCGGCAUCGUCAUGGAAGGACCAACAUUCAGGAAGCUUACCAAGAAGCAAAUGGAUCAGAUUAUUCCCUCGCUCCAGGUUCUUGCUCGUUCCAGCCCAGAAGACAAGCGUAUCCUCGUCAAGAGACUGAAGGCUAUGGGCGAGACUGUCGCUGUUACUGGUGAUGGUACCAACGACGCCCCGGCUCUGAAGGGCGCUGAUGUUGGUUUCUCUAUGGGUAUUGCUGGAACUGAAGUCGCCAAGGAAGCUUCGGCUAUCAUUCUCAUGGACGACAACUUCGCAUCUAUUGUGAAGGCAAUGAUGUGGGGACGUGCUGUCAACGAUGCAGUCAAGAAGUUCUUGCAAUUCCAAAUCACUGUCAACAUCACAGCCGUCGUGGUGACAUUCGUCACUGCCGUAUCCAGUGCAACCGAGAAGUCUGCCCUGACAGCUGUCCAGCUGCUGUGGGUCAACCUCAUCAUGGACACCAUGGCUGCUCUUGCACUUGCCACCGAUCCACCAACCCGCAGUAUCCUCGACCGCAAGCCUGACCCAAAGUCCGCGCCGCUCAUCUCUCUUCGCAUGUGGAAGAUGAUUAUCGGAGAGGCUAUUUACCAACUCGUUAUUACCUUCAUGCUCUACUUUGGAGCGGCAACCAUCUUUUCUUACAACACACCUCCGGAUCCCCUUGACCCGUCCGCGCCUCCUGCGGAGACCCAAUUGGUUGGCACACUCGUCUUCAAUACCUUCGUUUGGAUGCAGAUUUUCAACCAAUGGAACAACCGUCGCCUCGACAACAAGUUCAACAUCUUCGAGGGCGUCCUAAACAACUACUUCUUCAUCGGCAUCAACAUCAUCAUGGUCUCCCUCCAAGUCCUCAUCAUCUUCGUCGGCGGCAAAGCCUUCUCUGUCGAACGCCUCGACGCCCGCGGCUGGGGCUACUCCAUCGCCUUUGGCUUCCUCUCCAUCCCCAUCGGCGCGGCCAUCCGCUGCAUCCCAGACGAGCUCGUCCGCAAAUUCGUACCCACCUACAUCCUCCGCUCAUCCGAGACCCCCGAACUAACCAUCGAAGACGAAGAAGAGCAAAUGCCCCUCCCCCAACCCCUCGCCGACGUCAAGGAGGAACUCAGCUUCCUCAAGAAAAUGAAGGGAGGCCGAAUCAAUAACCUCCGCUUUAAGGUCGGGCAGGCAAAGGAUAACUUCAUCUCCCGCUCUCGCUCUGGUUCCCGCUCACGCUCAAACUCAACCGCUGGAAUCCCACAAGAUGGCUCUGCGGAAGAGGGCUCAGAGCACCCCCCCACCACCGCUGAAUCCCGCAAGCGUGGUCGCGCGGGCCGCUCGCGCUCGAACUCCGCGUUGGGCGCUACGGCUGUUAUGGCUGGUAUCAUCGCCGGUAGCGUGGCUGGGUGGUCGCCUAUCGAGCGUCCGCAUGACGAGCAGGGCUGGGGAAGGGGACGCGUCGACCUCGAGAAUACGCCCGGGGUGGAGCUGCACCCGGGGACGAGGCCGAGCGAUAAUGUGAUUGUAGAGGAGCCAUUAGAUACGGAGGCAGAGCUGCCGCCUAGUCAGAGGGAGGAUGUGCCGCAUCCGAGACCGGCGUCGGAGGGGUCGGAGGAGUCGAAGGAGGAUAAGGGGGAUAAAGAUACGAAGCCUUGAUGAUCCUCUUUCGGGGAGUUGAGGACUUCAAGACUACGGCGGUUGUACGAUUACUACUAUCAUUGAGCGAUUGGCGUUGGGAGGUGGCUUGAAUGGCCGAUAUACCUUGCAUACCAACAUACACACAUACCUCCGCGCCACUGGGGCGCUACUAUUUCUUUUUUUUCCGUCAUCAAGAGACAUGGCUUUUCUCAGCCUAUCUCAUCAAGGGACAUGGCUCUUCUCAGCCUCUCUCGUCAAGGGACAUGGCUCUUCUCAGCCUCUCUCACCAAGAAACAUGGCUCUUCUCAGCCUAUCGAUUUCAUUUUCACAUCACCACUUGUUUUUUCAUACUUUGUUUGGAGUGGCAGAAGACGUGGGUAUCACGGCGUUUUUUUGUAUUUUGAGAGGGAGGGGGAUCCUGCAUAUGUGCCCUCCUGAGUGAGGGGCGAGGAGGAGAAAGGAAUGGGAGAGAGAGGGUAAUGGUGUUACGGGACGCGCGCGCUGAAGGCGUGUGGUCGGCCCUGAUGUGCUUGUGCUGUUUUGUAUGUACUGUAUGAGUAUACGGAGAGGGAGGUCUCGUGUAUAUGUGAGAGGAGGGAGGAACUAUAAAAAGUGUUUUGAAGGAAGGGUUAGAUGGGUGAAUUGGAGGGGGGAUUUAGUCUAGUAAAGGCAAGCAAUGGGAAA